AUGUCUGAUCAACAAAAACCCAUGUCCCAAAGGCUCCAAGAUUCGGCCCCCAGUUCAGGCCAAGCCAUGAGAUUCUUAAGUGCGGCAACAAUCGGAGGUGUCUUGCUCGGUUUAUCCGGGUUAGCCUUAACCGGAACAGUGAUCGCCCUGAUUAUCGCCACCCCGGUUCUGGUCCUGGUCAGUCCGAUUCUUAUCCCAGCCGGGAUUGUUCUAUUCUUGGUCACUGUUGGAUUCUUGUUUGCCGGUGGCUGUGGAGUGGUGGCACUGGCGGCAUUAUCGUGGAUAUAUAAUUAUGUCGCCGGAAAACACCCACCCGGGUCGGAUCAGCUGGAUUAUGCUAGAAUGAGAAUUGCAAAUAAGGCUAGAGACGUGAAGGAGAGAGCUAAAGAGUCUGAAAAUCAGUUAAGUGCGGCAACAAUCGGAGGUGUUUUGCUCGGUUUAUCCGGGUUAGCCUUAACCGGGACAGUGAUCGCCCUGAUUAUCGCCACCCCGGUUCUGGUCCUGGUCAGUCCGAUUCUUAUCCCAGCCGGGAUUGUUCUAUUCUUGGUCACUGCUGGAUUCUUGUUUGCCGGUGGCUGUGGGGUGGUGGCACUGGCGGCAUUAUCUUGGAUAUAUAAUUAUGUUGCCGGAAAACACCCACCCGGGUCGGAUCAGCUGGAUUAUGCUAGAAUGAGAAUUGCAAAUAAGGCUAGAGACGUGAAGGAGAGAGCAAAACAGUCUGAAAAUCAGGUUCAGCAAGAAACUGGUGUUCAAGGAUCUUGA